AUGAGUACGUCAGAUUUAAAUUUUUACAUAAACAAACAUAGAAAGGCAUAUGAAGAGAGACUAAAAAAGGAGCAGCAGAACUCGCAAGGGAAACCCAGGGGUGAAAAGACAGAAGGAGAGGAAAAAAAAGAAACGGAGCCAAAAAAGGUAGCAGAGGAGGAAGUGGAAAAUGGAACAAAAAAGGCAGUAAAAAAGGAAAUAGAAAAUGAAAUAGGAGAUGAUAUCGUGCAUGGAAAUAAGGAUACAUAUGAAAAGAAAGAAAAAUCGGAUAGCUUGCAUGAUACCCAAAGUGAAGAAACGAGAAACUCUAUGAAAGACGAAAAUCUGAAUCAAGUUGACUCAGACUACCUGCUUGCCCUGAAGUUAAAUGAGGCCCUAAAUGGACAUGUGGAAGAUUCCAAAGUACAUGAUGAAAACCAUUUUGAAUCCAGGAACGAUUCAAGAAGGUCUGAAAAUAAGGAAUACAUAGAUGAUGAUGUUAGAAAGCCAGACAAUUCUUAUGUUGAAUGUCUGCUGGGGGUAACUGAAUACAUGUCAUUAUGUGCAAAUUACAACUUUGGAAAUAUGAAUAUAAAUUCUAAUUUUUAUACUAUAAAUAAUGGGAGGAAUGGAACAAAUGGAAGUUCAAAUUAUAUAAAUCAUGAAGAGAGAAGUGAGUUGCUCAGGACGUACAACCUUAGAAGUAGAAAUAAUCGCAUGAUGAACAAUACAAAUAAUAAUAACAGGGAUAAUCGCGUCUCGUCUAACUUCAAGAAUAUGAACGAUUUUUACAAUAUUACCAUAAGUUCAGAUGAUGAGGAAAAUAUUAAUAAAGUAAAAAAUAACGAGAUGAAUAAUUAUGUCGCUCCCGAUGAUGAUAAAUUCAGAAAUGGUAGCGAUGUUUUUUAUGUAGAUAAUCAAGAUUUGUCUCUAACUCCAAGGCAGAAUAAGAUACCAAAUGAUGAGAAUACACCGAUGAGGCGGAGUAGUCUAACUAGAAAAAGCAUGCAAAAUGGAAAAAACAGGCAAGGUGGAAAAAACAUGCAAGGUGGAAAAAGCAGGCAAUGUGAACAAAUCAGUACGGAACACACCAAUAAAAAGGAAGAGAUAAUUAUAGUUGAUGAUUUAAUUCCAGAAUUUAUUUCUCAUAAUAGGGUUAAUAUAUGUGACUCACGAGGGGGCAUUGAUACUGAUUCGCAUAUGUCGACACACAAAGAAAAAGCAGAGGAGUCCACAAUUACACACUAUGCGAAGGAAAAUUCCUUUCAAGUGUUAGAAGCACAGACUGAUGAGGAACGAUUACCUCAAUAUGAAAACAACAUUCCGUGGCAAAAAGGGUUGAAUCAUACAGUGGAAAAAUCAUCCAGUAAUUUUGGGAACACCUACAACAAUAGUUUUGACCAUUUUUGCAGUACUGAUAAUAUUCAGCCCAUUCAAAGGGGUGAAAAAAAGGCAUCAAACGUGUCAAACGUGUCAGACGUGUCAAAUGGAAAAAAUGAAAAAAAUGAAAAAAAUGAAUCACGCAUAUCAAACGAAUCAAAUGUAUCGAACGUAUCAAACGUGUCAAACGAAUCAAAUGCUGAUGGUCGUUGUGGUAAUGGUAACAACAUAACAAGCAGCAAGCACUAUUCUAUUUAUCCUCAUGAUGCAAGUACGCGUGAUGGGCAGUAUAUGCAGGAACAUGUAAAUCCAAACGGAAAGGAAGAUUCAAAAGAAAGGACAAAACACGAUAGUGAAUAUGAUGUGGAUAUAUGCAAUGAGCAUGCAGAAAGAAGAUCUUUUUUUUACAGUACUAGACAUAGGAAAAAUAUGGAAGCAAAAGGAAAAAAUAGAAAAAAUAUAAUCGAAACUAAAUAUUAUAAUAUACAUAUGGAGAACAAUAAUAAUGUAAUCCUCUUAGACAAAAAUGAUAUUACUAGUGGUGCAUCGUCUCCAAAUAAGAUAAGAAUGAAAAAAGGAAAAAGAAUUGCAGAUAACAUCGACUGUGAUGUUAGUAGUAGUAAACGAUCAUCUGGUUUUAUUACAGAGUUAGAUGAUGAGAAUGCAGAAAAUAUUUCCAAAAUGGGUUACUCCUUAAGGGUAUCCAAAAAAUAUGCACAGAACGAAAAAGUGAAAAAUUUGUACUGCGACAAAAAUGUGAAUUAUCAUGUAGAAAAUGAACAUAGUUAUACCCUUACCAACAAUAUCAGUAACUUUGUAGAAGGGGAUGAGGCAUAUAAUAAGAACUAUCAUCCAUUUAUUGAUUCAUAUAACAAAGACCGUUAUAUAAACAAAGUUAAUCCGUAUGAUAACAGACGUGAAGACACAAAGCAAGGAACGAUUGAUCCAUGCAAGAAUUUAUUUCACUCAGCAGGAGAAGCAGGAGAAGCAGGAGAAGCAGGAGAAGCAGGAGAAGCAGGAGAAGCAGGAGAAGCAGGAGAAGCAGGAGAAGCAGAAGCAGCAGAAGCAGUAGAAACAGAAGCAGCAGAAGCAGAAGCAGCAGAAUGCAUCCACGAUUUGAGGAUAAGUAAGCUGUCAGAAAGUCUUACCAGCUGUCAAUUUAGUUCAAAUGAGAGAGAAAUAAAAUCGACGGGUGACAGUGGAAAGAAAAAUGGACACCAUUGCACAUCGAACACUGGGAACCAAGGUAAAUCGGGCUCUUUUAAUAAUUAUACUAAGGAGACCGGUUUUGAUAAUUCUAAAAAUAUGGAUACUUCAGAUGAGAGUAGUUUAUAUGAACGUACUUUAUAUGGACGUAGUUUAUAUGAACGUACCCCACAUUAUUACAGUUCAUAUGUGAUGAAUGGAAAUACGCAUGACAGUGACAUUCGUAGAAGAGAUGAUCAAUCGUGUAAUAACCAUCUCAUGGUUGCAUCAUCGAAAGGCAUUCUGGAAAAUCAGCAAGAAGGUAUUAUUUUUAAGGAAGAAACUGCAUGUCAUGAAGAAAAAUACAGAAUGAAUCAAGUCCAAAUUGUUCAGCUCUAUGAUGUUAAGAAUUGUCAAAAGGAUGAAAUGAAUAAUAGCAAAUUUUGUAAUGAAAAUAUAUCUGAAGAUAAGAAUAAAAAUGAAGAAUAUUCUAAAAAUUUGACAUAUGAAUGUACUUUGAAUAAUUUAAAAGGAAUGAAACAAAAUAAACCUUUUACUUAUUGGAACAACAAUCAUUUGGAUUACCAACUAAGAGACCAUAAAAUACCAACAGCAAAUGUGUAUGUCAUUGGUGAAGAUACUUCUUCUAGUCAUGAGGUUUUGAGGAAUAAACAUAAUGUCUACAAUGAUAACUUUAUGAAUUACUACAAUGGGGAGGAAGCCAUUCAUAAGCAUACACACGUAGAUGAAAAAAAAGAAGAGAAUAAAACAUCUUCUGCAUUGAAAGAAGCUCAGGAGGAUUAUGAUGGAAUACUACAAAGACGGUUCAUAAAUUCUUGUGCAAAUAAUAUGGGUGUAUAUCAUAAUAACCAUUUUCAAGACACUUGUAACAAUGUAAUGGACGAUUCUACGUCUGUAAUUGGGCACUUUGAGCAUGGAGAAAACUCCAACGACGAGGAUUUCAAUGUGCAACAAGCUAUCAUUAACAGUUUAGUUGAUUUGUAG